GCGACACGGAACUUCAGAUUUUCAAAGAACUAACAUGGCGGCUCCCAUGAGCAACGUGGAUGAAAUCAGAAACAGAGUGAUUUUGGGCGAAUUCGGCAUUAGAAAUGUGCACACAACUGACUAUCCCGGGAACUAUCCUGGAUAUGAUGAUGCAUGGAACUUCCAGAGAUUUAAAAAGAAUUUUAGGAUCGACAUUGUACAGAUGGACGAAAACACCAUGGAGUUUGACAUGGUCGGGAUAGACGCUGCCAUCGCUAAUGCCUUCAGACGGAUCUUGCUUUCAGAGGUGCCAACGAUGGCGGUUGAGAAGGUGCUCAUCUACAACAACACGUCCAUCAUUCAGGAUGAGAUCCUGGCUCACAGACUUGGCCUCAUCCCCAUCAAGGCUGACCCGCGUCUCUUUGAGUACAGAAAUGCAGGUGACGAGGAGGGCACUGAGAUUGACACCAUCCAGCUGCAGCUGAAGGUGAAGUGCACCAUGAACCCCAGAGCUCCCAAGGACUCCUCAGACCCACGAGAACUCUACCUCAAUCACAUGGUGUACUCGAAGGACAUGAAGUGGGUGCCCCUCGGCAACCAGGCGGACGUGUUUGCGGACGCCAGCAUCGGGCCGGUGCACGGGGACAUCCUGCUGGCACAGCUGAGGCCCGGCCAGGAGUUAGACAUCGUCAUGCACUGCGUCAAGGGCCUCGGUAAGGACCACGCCAAGUUCUCCCCGGUGGCCACAGCCAGCUACCGGCUGCUUCCGGAGAUCACGUUACUGCAGCCGGUGGAGGGGGAGAAAGCCGAGAGGCUCAAGCGCUGCUUCUCGCAGGGAGUCAUCGAAGUGGAGAACAAAGAUGGGCAACAGGUUGCCAGGGUAGCCAAUAGUCGCAUGGACACCUGCAGCCGAGAAGUCCUUCGCCAUGACGACCUGAAGAACCUCGUCAAGCUGGGAAGAGUACGAGAUCAUUUCAUAUUCUCGGUGGAGUCGACGGGGAUCCUGCCUCCCGACAUGCUGGUCUCCGAGGCCAUUAACGUGCUGCUGGCCAAGUGCCAGAGGUUCAUUAAUGAGCUUGAUGCCACGGACAUGGAGUAGCCUAGCCACCACUCCACUCCACUCCACUCCUGUCCUGCCACCAAAGAGACAUUGACCUUGAGAGAAGAGGACGGAGAUGAGCAAUACAGAGAGGCGGAGGAAGAGGAGGAUGGAUCACUAAGUGGAGGGGGGGAGGAAGAGGAGGAUGGAUCACUUAGUGCAGUAGUUCCCAAACUGGGGGUCGGGACCCAGGGUGGUUGCGGAGGUACUUAAGGGGGAUUGCAGGCAGAAGGGACUUUGCGUUAAAGGAACAGUCCACCCUUUUUUGAUUUUUUUUUUUCUUAUAAACUACAUAAAUACUGAAAACUCUGAGAAGAAAAUUAUAUGCACAUUCAUGAAUAAUGCUCGGAAAUACUGCAAAUAUGUGAAAAUCAAAAAAGGGUGGACUGUUCCUUUAAAAUAAAGGAAACAGGAAAUCCACAAAUUAACAGCUAACGCAAUUCCAUAGCUAGAUAUAUAACAGUAGAUGUAUAUUGCCUUCCUAGGAAUUUCUAGCAGUAUUGGCAACAAACUAUUUCUAGAACGUCUAGCAAUACUAAUGGGCAAAAGAACUGUCUAAGAAUAUGGGUUGGGCAGCAAAAAUAUGUUUUGGUCCGAAAGGGGGUCCCCGCUAAAAAAUCACUGUUUUGGAAUCACUGACUUGGUGGAAGGGGGAGGAUGAGGAUGGCAGCAUCACUUCACCUGGCAACUGCUGUGUCUUGGCUGCGGCUGGCGUCCGUGUUUUGGCUGCUCGGCUCCAUUGGCUCUCGAUGAAGAGACCUUGCAUUGUAUGGAAGACAUUGUUUUGGUCACAUUGUAGCAGCAGUAGGAUCCAUCUGACUGAUGUUUCACUCACAGAGACGCCCCCAGAGCUUGGCAGCAAGGCCCGCGGAGUGGAGCUCUGUGUUGGCAACACAGCCAGCCCGAAAGAGCUGAGUUACUCCCACUGUCUCAUCCUCACACAUUAACUUUGCAUGAGCCGCCGGGAAAAUAUAUCCUCUUAUGUCAAACAGUGUAAGUCUGUAUUGCUUUCGCUUUACCUUCAAUUAUAACAUGUACCCACAAAUUGUACACAGUUAUUAUUUUUUUUUAAAUCUGUGUGGAACAGAUUUGGCAAUAUAAUUUGUCAAAUAAAUGUCAAUUUCUUAUGUGAGUUGACAAAUGACAUACAAAGAGUGUAAAUUCAGUUUAAGUAAAUGUACUCUAGUGGACCAAUAUGAAACUGCUGACACUGACAAAGUAACGAGUCUGAAUGUGUUAAAUUGACAGACAGGUUACAUACCAGUGAUGAUAAAAUACUGCAGCAGGAUCAAACAUGAUUGACCAAUUAUGAAACUGUUGAAUAAGGUCAAAAGUUUUCCAUUAAAGCCCCCUUUGUUGAAUGUGUUAAAUGUGUUAAUGAUCUGCUCUCUUCUCUUCUGGAGUGGAAUAACUAUCAUUUCAAUAACAAGUUAGCCAGGCUCAAAUGACCACUUAAGUCAA